AUGAAUACCGAGUCAUCCUCGGGUGUUCCGUUCGACAUCAUCCAGGAUAGGUUCCAUCACCAGGUUGGUCAACACGGACAUGAGCUCCUCUCGUUUGUUGCCGAAAAGCUGCGAAACGCCUCUCCGGGCAUCUCCAUUACCCUCGGCCGCCUCGAAAUGCCCGCCUCUCAGGUUAACUGGCUAUGGUGUGUCGGUAGUGCGGACCAGGCUACGGAGCAAGCCGUUUUACACUUCUUCCAGACAGAUGCCGGGAAGAGGGCUUUGGUGUCCGAUGGUCCGGACACGGUCGAAUUCAAGCUAGCUAGUGUUCUUUUGCGUCUGCCUCCCAGCCAUGCAGAGGAUCCCGUCCUCCCAGAGGACUUGGCGGCGGCCGCAGGUCCGCUUAGAGACGGCCAAGAGGCCAUAAUUUAUUCAAAGGCGCCACCCCACCCCAUCUGCAUUCCUGCUCGAACCAGUGGCUGGCUGCAAGUGUCUCCUCACGUGCAGUUCUCUCGAGUUUCGGUGCUACAGCUUCAGGAACAAGCUCAUAUCGAAAAUCUUGGAUCCUGGCUUGUGAGUACUGAUGCAUCGACUGUCUAUGGGAACGUCGCCGCCAUUUCUGGGUCUCGGAGUAUUUUGGUAACGCCGUUGGCUCCAGAAUAA